CCGGGGCACGGCCAUGGAGCCCUCGCCCAAAGACGGCGAGAGCGCGGCGGCCGCGGAGCCCGGCCGGGGCGGCACGGCCCCUUCCAGCGGCGUGGUGGUGCAGGUCCGGGAGAAGAAGGGCCCCCUGCGCGCCGCCAUCCCCUACAUGCCCUUCCCCGUGGCCGUCAUCUGCCUCUUCCUCAACACCUUCGUGCCGGGGCUGGGCACGUUCGUGUCGGCGUUCACCGUGCUGUGCGGGGCGCGCACCGACCUCCCUGACCGGCACAUGUGCUGCGUCUUCUGGCUCAACAUCGCUGCCGCCCUCAUCCAGAUCCUCACGGCCAUCGUCAUGGUGGGCUGGAUCAUGAGCAUAUUCUGGGGCAUGGACAUGGUCAUUCUGGCAAUCUCACAAGGCUACAAGGAGCAGGGGAUCCCACAGCAGCUGUAGUGGCUGGGACAAGUAUGGUCAGAGAAACACGGCGAGAGAUUUCCUUUGGCAGCCGUGGCCCACGGACCUUUUCAUUACCCUUUGUCUCUCUUCUUCUCCCUUUUGUUUUGUCUCCUUGUGUCUGCCCGGUCCACCUGCCCGUGCAGCGGAGCGGAGAUGCAGAGCAGCCGGCGCAGACUUGCACUGAUGCCCCUGAGCAGUGGAGAUGAGGCCAGCACGGCUUGGCUUAGCACUGGUCCCGGCCAGCACGUGGUGGGCGGCCGACGAGGAGGAGGAGGACGAGGGUGCCAGGACAAGGAAACACCCUUGGCAAAGGUGGCACCUGGGCAGGCAGCUGAACCAAGGGAGGGGGAGAUGCUGCUUUCCCUCUGCUCCCGGGGAGAGGUUGCUGAAGACGUUUUGCCUCCUUUUUACGCUCGCUGUUAAAGGACGCUGGCUGUGAACAUCAAAUGCCAAGGAGCUAUUCAUAGAUACAUGUACAGGAUGUAAAAGCAAACCAGUGGUACUUUCUUCCCGCCCUGAGAUUCCAUCCGUGACUGCUUUGCAGUAGUGGAGGGUCCAGCCCAGCCCCCUCUACUGCCUGUGUAUAUAUGAUGUUCACUGAAGCUCUGUCCCCACAGAUGUCCUGAGAAAAGUGCUUGUUGUAAAUCGUAUUGUACCGCUGAAAUGACUGGGGCCAUCCCCUGCUUCCACCUGCUGCCACCAUGCAAAGACCAGAGCUCCCACCAGCCCAGGAAACACCUUCCCUAGCACAGGACUGGUGUCCUGCAGCAGCUCACCUCCAGGGCAGCAAGUACAGCCUCAUGCUGCCAAAAGCCUCUCGUAUAAAACAAUACUGGGGGAGCCAAAGAACAAGACUUUUCCUGCCCCUGAAAGGACUUGCUGGCAGUGUCUCCAUGCUUUGGAAAUGAAUCCCCUUAGAGCGCAACGAGUGCUCCUGGCUGAAGCAGCAUCCCAGCUCCACUUCCCAGGGGUAAAAUGAACCACCCAGAGCUUUCACACCUCUUUCCGGAGCAUUGCAGAGGGAAAACACCUCCACCUCCACCGGGGCUGGAUAAUCCCUCCCUCCCAUGGGAGCUGUGCCAGGACCAGCCUUGAAGCAGCCUGCCCUCCUCAGCAGCACAGACAGAGGGCACAGUCCCAGGUUCUUCCUCUGGUCCAGUGUGCACAGCCCCCCAGCUACCCCAGCACCAUCACCUGCUUUAUCAAUGUAGAUGUUUGACGUGCGAGUUUUACAGCUGAAGAGUGGCUGUGGGUAACAGAGAAUAAACAGAGUUGCUUCACCCCCAUCUGCCAGCAACACAGAAUUUUCUGCUGCUCCUCUCCGAUUGUGAAAACCAGCUUUCUCAAAACAACAAACAAACAGAACAAAAACAAAAAAAAAGGGCUUCAAUGAAAUAGUUUCUUGGUACUUGAACCCAGCUGGGCUAAACAACUGAUUUACUACUCAAUGGAAAGCAAUUCCAUGCAGGAACCAACCCAAAUGUGCAGCCAGCUUCAUUCUGGGUCAGCCCAGCCAUUGCAAUGCAGGGCACAGCACCAUUUUUCCAAGUCCAUUGGUGUUGCCAACCCCAUAUUUACCACGGAAAAGGUGCUUUGGCAGGUGACCCCCACCCUCCCAGCCUUUUGCCUGGUUGGCCAUGCUUGCUGCAGGGGCUCAGCAUCGCUCUGAGCCAUGGAGUCACAGCUGGGGAGGUCAGUGGGGCUUUGUGCUGGGAGCAGCUCUGGCACACUGCAGCCAUGGGGUCAGGAGUGCCAGAUGAGAGAGGUGGCUCCAUCUGUGCCACACCCCAAGCUUCCCAAGAUACAAAGCUACAUGUUCCUCCCCGCGUGCAUUGACUGUCACACAUUUUAUUAAAGACCUUCUAGUUCUGCUGGAGAGCGCCCCUUAAGUCUUGCUUAGUGUUGUGUUGAGCUCUGUGGACAGGAGGCUGAAGCUCACAGUCCCAAUAUUCUUCAGAGGCCUAUUAUUCCUUGCCUCCUGCUUAUUGUGGGAUGACCCUGCAGUUCACACACAUGCAUACACUCCAGCCAGGGUGCAUUUUAUUGCUACCCAGACCAAACUGCAUCCUCUGCAAGAUACCACCAAGAGUUCCUUGACAUCUAAAUCCCAGGUUUAGACCUUGGCUAGAUCUGACAUUCCUCCCAGGAAAAGCAAUGUCUUCUCCCACAUGCCUGCUAACCAUGGUGUGGAAACACAGCCCUGUAUUUUCCAGCUGACUUUGCUUCAUGCUCACACACAUGAGGCACUUUGAAGCAGUGCUGCAAUUUAUUUCCCAAACUGGCACUCAGCAUUCCCAUAUCCCUGUGGGAGCAGCAUGGUGCAAAACCCCAGGUCACAGUGGCACCAUCAGAAACAGGGUUAAUUACAGUGAAUCACCAGAGCUCAUGCUGCCCACAACCCAUCCUUCCUUCUCUGGUCAUCUGUAUAAAUAACUAAGCCAGGCUAAAAGUCAAGUCCUACUUCUCUUGCACCCACCCAACCAGCCAGAGGGGAGAAACAACGCCUUAUCCCCAGUGCUGGAAUGGUGCAGUGGGAAGUGAAGGCUUUGUUCUGGCUGAAAAAUGGCAAAAGCCAGAGCAGCUCAAUCCAUCUUCCAGCUCUGAGAAUGCUUUCAACAGGCAGGUGAAAGGGAAUGGCAGUUUUGGUUUGGGAUCACAACAGGGGCUCACCUCUACCAGCAGUGCCUGGAGGUGAUGGCAGUGCUCCCCCAGACACCCAGCAAGUGAUCCCACCCUGCCCCACACCCCUCCUUCCCCCUCCACACACCAAGACAGGCACUGCUCCCAAGGCUGGGAGGGGGAUCUUUGGCUCAAGUCUGUUCUCCUUGGUUUUGGCCAUGCAUGGGUACAUCAGAGUUUCCACCCUAGGAAGGAGGGAGCAGGGGCCUGCCCACCUGUGCUGUUUGCACCUUGCUGGUGAGCCCACCUUUAAUUUUCGUACUGGAGCCCAAACUGAGGGGUUGCAGAGGACCAUUUGUAUGCCUAUUUAUAUCACCAAGUAUUGGAUUGUGACUUCUUGUGUUUUGAUACUGUGGAUAUUUUUUUUUAAAGUUAAAUAUAUUCUAUUGCUGGACAGCUGGAA